GGCACUUGACGUGUCUCGUCAACACAAUAAUGGCGGAUGCUGUGGAGGAAGCGCUCCGGGGCAGCUGGGACCAAGAUUUAGCUGAGGCUCUGGACUCGGGUAGUUCCGACAUGGAGAUGGACAAAGGUGUCGUCCACCCUCAGGAGACUUCAGCUCAACAGAGAGCAAAGAUGUGGAAGAUUGCGCUGAACGUGUCCGGUAAAGGAGACUCUCUGGCCCAAUGGGAUGGCAUCCUUGAUUUACCAGAACAGACGCUCAUUCAUAGUCGCAGUCAGCAGCUGAUUGAGCAGCUUCAAGUGUCGGAGGAGGAGCGCGGCGACAUGGUGUCCGACGUGGAGGCGGUGGUCACCUUCUACUGCAAGUCGCGCAAUAUCAGCUUCACUUCUGACCUGAGCUGGCCGCAUCUACUCAAACCGCUGCUGGGCCUUCGGCUGGCCCGCAGCGACCUCUACAAUUGCUUCUACGCCAUUAUGAACAAGCACAUACCCCGGGAGUGUGUGCCCAAAGGUCGCCCGUUCCACCUAUACCGACUGCUUCUGCAGUACCACGAACCUGAACUCUGCUCCUUCUUGGAUACCAAAAAGAUCACGCCUGACUCCUACGCCAUCCACUGGAUGGGCAGCCUGUUCUCCAGCCACUGCCCGGCCGACGUCACCCAGGCUCUGUGGGACUGCUACCUCCAACAAGCGGACCCGUUCCUCAUCUUCUUCCUUUUGCUCAUCAUCCUCGUCAAUGCCAAAGAGUCCAUCCUUGACAGAGAAGGAGACAACAAAGAUGACAUCAUCAAAAUGCUGGAAGAAUCUCCUUCUCUACUUGAAGCUGAGGACAUCGAGGACUUAUUUUCCUUGGCCCAGUACUACCAGAGCAAAACUCCUCUGUCGCUCAGGAAGAUGAACCAAAACCUGUUCGGGAGCAGUCUGGUGGCUCUGAAGGAGGAGGACAUCGACCUGAGUCAGGCGCUCUGCCUCCCAGUGUCUGUCCCAGAAAUCCUGCUGGCCAACCAACAUCAGCAGGACGGGGUGCGCUUCUUUGUGGUGGACUGCCGGCCGGCUGAGCAGUACAAUGCCGGUCAUCUGUCCACUGCCUUCCAUCUGGACUCAGACCUGAUGCUCCAGAACCCGUCCGAGUUUGCUCUGUCGGUCAAGUCCCUCUUGGAGGCUCAGAAGCAGUCCUUGGAGUCGGGCUCGGUCGCCAGCGGAGAGCACCUGUGCUUCAUGGGCAGCGGCAGAGAGGAGGAGGACAUGUACAUGAACAUGGUGCUGGCACACUUCCUGCAGAAAAAUAAGGAAUAUGUCAGCAUUGCUAAGGGGGGCUUCAUGGCUCUCCAGCAGCACCUGGUGGACAUGAACGUGGAGGGCUUGGACUCGUCGUACAUCCACUGGAUCGUCAGCACGUCGGGAUCUCACAGCAGCCUCAGCUCGGCAGACGGGGAGUCUCUGAGUGACGGCAAAGGUGUCAAGUCUUUGGUCAACAAAAUGACUUUUGCCCUCAAGUCCAAGUCGGUGAAUGUGAAAGAGAAGAUGAUCAGCUUCAUUGAAAACACGUCCACCCCUGUGGACAGAAUAUCUUUCAAUCUGCCCUGGCCAGAGAAGGUGAUUCCUGAUAGACACGUGAGCAGCAGCGACCGCGUGGGCAAACCUUACCGCGGAGUGAAGCCCGUUUUCAGUAUUGGUGACGAAGAGGAGUACGACACAGAUGAGAUCGACAGUUCGUCCAUGUCGGACGACGACCGGAAGGAGAUUAUCAACGUUCAGACGUGGAUCAACAAGCCCGACGUCAAGCAUCACAUCCCGUGCAACGAGGUGAAGGAGACCGGUCACAUGUUCCCCAGCCACUUGCUGGUCACAGCCACGCACAUGUACUGCCUUCGCGAGAUCGCCACCAGGAAGGGCUUCGCUUACAUCCAGUCCAGACAAGCGCUGAGCUCCGUGGUGAAGAUCACGUCCAAGAAGAAGCACCCGGAGCUCAUCACUUUCAAGUUUGGCACCAACAACUCCACCGGAGUGGAGAUUUCCGCAGUGGAACGAUAUCUUAUCCCCAACGCCGGAGACGCCACCAAGGUGAUCAAGCAGCAGAUCAUGAAGGUCCUCGACGCGCUGGAGACUUCGUAAAAUGACAGACGAUGACCACGACAACGGCGGCGUCUGGUGCCCGCUUGCCCCUAACAAAAACUGUUGGAAGUACCUCGGGUCCCCGACGCGGUGCGGCGUUGGCCCUCGGAUGCCACGCCGCUCCACUGCACAACUGCGGGAGCCCAGAGCGUAUCAUGCUGCCCUCUUUACACUAACUUAUGAAAUAUAUAUAUAUAUAUAUAUUGGUUAUACUGUAUUAUUUGUUCAUUCUAAAGCAGUGCUAUUCCACUUUGGAAGCUUUCCUCUGGCCUUAAGGUAGCGUUACUAUCCAAGCGGUUGUUCAAUGAUUAUGUGACACACUUUGUUAAAUGUUUAACAGUGUUUUCGCUGUCUUAUUUCCACACCGGUUAAUUUAGGCGGACAAGUACUGAAUGUACAGGACUAGUAGCAGCAAUGUUACAGUCGAGGCGAGGUUCUUUGAUUUUUUUCCAGCAGUCAGCCUUAAGUAGAAACCCAAUGUGAGGUUCAUUAUAAAUAUGUACAUAUGAUGUACUGCUGUUAUGUGAAGCAUCUCCAAAGUUAAGAGUAUGCAGCAAGGCUUUAAAUUCAUCUCGCGUGUGAUGUAGCAACUGAGCAUCAACAUUUGUUUCAUUACAGAAUUAUUUGCAGUUUACUUUUGCGCUUUAAAGAAAACAUUACUGAUUAUACAUACUGAUUAGAAUAUGGUCGACACAAACUUGAAUACAAAACUUUCAACGAAUGACUUUUUUCACUCUGAUCGUUACGCCAAUGCAUCGUGCUGUAAAUAUUACACUUGCAAGUAUAUGAACAAGAAUUAAACUAUUGGUCCUAGUCUUAAUACCACUGGUUAACAUCACUAACAAAAGAAUGGCACCACUCGGCUGGCAAUGCAAAAAAAAAAGGUUGAAUUUGCACCUUACUGUACUGCUAUUAUUUUGUAAACAUUUCCCAUUUUAAUAAACAAAACGAUAUCACUGCUG